GACGUCCGGGCGGCCCACAAUUGGCCGCCGAAAACAGCCGUUGACCAGCCGCCGGUCAUCGGUCGGUCGCAGCCGAUCGUUGUCGCGAUGAAGCUGCGCCGCGGAUUGAAGACCUCGUUGGCCGGGGCCGCGGUCUUCGAUUACGAAGAGGGUGCUGGGUGCAUCUUGAGAGUCUUGAGGCAUGUACGCAAGCAGCGCGCCAGGGACACCGCAACAAGGCCCGUCAGUCCGUUGGCAGCCAUGAGCAGCACGGUGAGCGUGCAGCAGAUUCUGGGCGAGGCGCGCCGUCUGGUGGGCCGUCUUCGCGAGCAAGACGGCAACGCCGACCGCCUGCUGGUUCAGGCCCAGUCCCUGAACCAGGGCGUGGAGGCCAUGCGGCAGUACCACGAGGAGCUGGCCCAGCUCAGCUGCGUAGCGACCACGCCGCGGCCGCGCGCCGCACUCGUUCUCUCCAUUCAGCAGGAGAACCGGCACAUGCGCGAGCUGCAGCAGGAGAAUCGCGAGCUUGUGGCCGCCCUCAAGGAGCACCAGUCGGCCCUCGAGCUGAUCAUGGCCAAGUACCGAGAGCAGGUGGCACGGCUGGGCUCGGUGUGCCAAGCGGAGCAACGCCUUGGGGAAGGCGUCCAAGACUGCCACCACCUGGCCGACAAGGUGUGCGAGAUGGCCGAGGUGAUGCGCCGCGCUGCCGAGAUUGACGAGCUUGCCGGCGCCCGCCAUACGGAGACCCUCGUGCGUCUGUCGACGGAGAAUGCGGUGUUACGGCAGCUGCUUGACAUUGGUCGGCGCGCUGGCUCCGCUGGACUCGCGGACGUGGAAGUGCAGACAGAUCAAGGAAGUGUAGCCAGCCCUCAAUAAAAGACAUUCUUUGCAUUCGGCA